ACCAAGGGGAGGUGGCGUGUCGUUAAGCUGGUCGAGCAGUAGAAGAAGACUGCAACUCAGCUCAGUUCUCGUUGUUUUCUUCUGUAAACAAGAAAUGUGAAUCUUUGACAACUUUUUAAAACAUUCAAUCGGGUUGCCGCCAGCACCACACGAUGAACGAAGAGCGCGUGCAAAACUUGAAAGUCGGCGGCUGCCAUGAGCGGUGAAAGGUCGGCGGCGUGACUGUCAGAGAAUGGCCGCGGAGUUGUUUCCCACCAAGAAGCUUCUUCCGUCCGCCUUGGCGCAGCAGCAACAACAGCAGAAGCAGAGCCAACAGUCCCAGCACACGCACGACCAACAGAACCUGAGCAACAACAACAGGACCUCCAGGCAGGCCGGCUGCACUUGGCAGGGCCUGUACCCCACCAUCCGGGAGAGGAACUCAGUCAUGUUUAACAACGACAUGAUGGCAGAUAUCUACUUUGUGGUGGGACCGCCAGGUGGGACACAGCGGAUUCCGGGCCACAAGUACGUCCUGGCCGUGGGAAGCUCUGUGUUCCACGCCAUGUUCUACGGCGAGCUGGCCGAGGAUCAGGACGAGAUCCGCAUCCCCGACGUGGAGCCGCCGUCCUUCCUCGCCAUGCUCAAGUACAUCUACUGUGACGAGAUCGAACUGUGCGCUGACACGGUUCUGGCCACGCUAUACGCCGCCAAGAAGUACAUCGUGCCGCACCUGGCGCGAGCCUGUGUGAAUUUCCUGGAAACGAGCCUGAGCGCCAAGAACGCCUGUGUGCUUCUGUCUCAGAGCUGCCUGUUCGAGGAACCUGACCUGACGCAGCGCUGCUGGGAGGUGAUCGACGCUCAGGCCGAGCUGGCCCUGCGCUCCGAGGGCUUCUGUGACAUCGAUGUGCACACGCUGGAGAGCAUCCUGCGCCGCGAGACGCUCAAUGCCAAAGAGAUGGUGGUGUUCGAGGCGGCGCUCAGCUGGGCCGAGGCCGAGUGCCAGCGCCGGGACUUGAGGCCCACCAUUGAGAACAAGAGGCUGGUGCUCGGCAAGGCCAUCUACCUGAUUCGCAUUCCCGCCAUGGCUCUGGAGGACUUCGCCAACGGGGCGGCGCAGUCCGGGGUGCUGACGCUAAACGAGACCAAUGACAUCUUCCUAUGGUACACGGCGGCCAACAAGCCCGAGCUGCUGUUCUGCAGCAAACCCCGCCAAGGUCUUGCGCCGCAGCGCUGCCAUCGCUUCCAGUCGUGCGCUUACCGCAGCAACCAGUGGCGCUAUCGUGGACGCUGCGACAGCAUCCAGUUCGCCGUGGACAAGCGCGUCUUCGUGGCUGGCUUCGGCCUGUACGGCUCCAGCUGCGGUUCAGCUGAAUACGGUGCCAAGAUGGAGUUGAAGCGUCAGGGCGCGGCCGUGGCGCAGCGUGUCAUCAAGUACUUCUCGGAUGGCUCCAGCUCCACCUUUGCCGUGUGGUUUGAGCACCCGGUCCAGAUAGAGCCCGAUGCCUUCUACACGGCCAGCGUGGUUCUAGACGGAAACGAGCUCAGCUACUUCGGACAGGAAGGCAUGACCGAGGUGCAGUGUGGAAAGGUCACCUUCCAGUUCCAGUGCUCCUCAGACAGCACCAACGGAACCGGCGUGCAAGGUGGUCAGAUACCAGAACUCAUCUUCUACGCCUGAGGUGCCAACACAGGCGUCAUGGAUCAUAUGGAAAGCCAUUUGAGCAUUUAUUACAUUUAUUCAUACAAGUAUGUGUUUUUGUCCUCACUAGGAUGGACAAUUCAGGACACUUGUAGAAUAUAAUUUGACAAUUGACAGCUGAUGUCAAGUCAAGUUUACCUUUAUAUGGGUCAUUUUCAUAUAAUUUGAUCAGUAAUGAUGGACCUCUAAUUUAGCAUUUUUUUUAAUUGGGUAAUGUCUCCCAAGCUGAAACAGCCACGCCUUAAAUCCUAUUUUUAAAAUGUUAUUGAUUUAAAAUUGGAGACAUUCAUGGUAAAAGCAAUCUAUAUUGACAGAGCAAUGGCCCACUGAAAUAGACUUGAGAGAGAGCUUAAAUGACAGAGAAGGACCAUUUGUAAAAUAAGCAAUAAAAUAUUAACGCUGAAGACACUAAGAUGCAAUUGUUAGUUUUAAUUAAGAAAAUGGAGAAAAUCCUAUCCAUCAAAAAAAAUGGAAUUAGUCUUCAGAAAUCGUUGCAACUUCAUUUGGGACACCUAACGGAAAAAGACAUUUUGGCAUUAAAAGUUUGAAAAAUAUUACUUUAGAAUAUUUGUUUUUCUUGGAAACAAUUAUAAUCUGAUGGAUAACAACUGCCAAUAAUUAAUAAAUAUCAGUAAAAUUUAUUGAUUUUCAAGAGGAAAUUAAGUGGUAUCCACUGGUUCGCACAUCUACCUUGCAGUUCUAAGGUGCUGGGUUCAAAUCUGACCUCCCCUGUAUGGAGUUUGCAUGCUCUCCCCGUGCCUGCUUGUGUUUUCUCGCACAUUCCAAAUAACAUGGAUGGUAGGUUAAUUGAAGACUCUAAAUUGUCCGUAGGUGCAAAUGGUUGUUUUUGUGCAUGUGCCAUGCGAUUGGCUAAGCGACCAGUUCAGGGUGUACCCCGCCUCUCGCCCGCCUGAGAUAGGUGCCAGCACACCCAUGACACUAGUGAGGAUAAGCGGUUGUAAAAAUGUAUGGAUGAAAUUUACUGGGCCAUGUCUUUACCGUUAUUGAUCAAUUUACAUGAAAAUUACCCAUAUAGAGAAGCGGCAGUAAAACAAAAAUCCAGAUGUCAGGGGCGGGGCAGGACAAGAGACUAAUUUCAUACCAGGUGACGUGUAUGAAUUUGCUUUAAUGAUAUGACUCGCAUCAUUCCGCAAAAUGUUCUGUAUGUUUUGAAGUGAUCUUUUGAAGAAUGCAGUCAUUUUGCUUGGAGAUAGAUGGAGCGGAAAAAUUGGAACUGUACAACAUAAGGGCCCGGCAUAUAAUCAAUUCAGCAUACUAGUAUGAUAUUGAAUAAAUGCUCUAAAGCUAAAGCUGUUGAUCAUUUGUCCGAUGUCAUCUUAAGCUCUAUGUACUAGUAUGCGUUUUGUCCUCACUAGUAAGACAAUUCAGCAUACUAGUAGGUUAUCUAAUAAAUUCUCUGAUGGCUAUAGCUGCGAACAAAUUGUCUUACUAGUGGGUACAAAAAGCACUACAUACAUGGACCUUAAGAUGAUAUGGAAUAAAUGCUCAAAAUGGCUUUCAUAAGUUUACGCUUUCUAUCUCCUUCAAAGCAACCGAGAAGCGUCUGCUGACUUCCUGUUCACCUGCACCACAGAAGAUGCGAAUUUCUUUCACGUUUCUUCGCCAAGUUCUGAAGUGAGGCAACAACUAAAAAAAAAAAAAAAAAGGUUUUGAUCUCAUCCUUCGCCUGGUUUUGUGUUGUCUGUGAAAAAUCAUAAACUGUUGACUCUUUUUUUGCCUUAAAAAUAAUCUGACACAAAAACUUUGCCUCUGAAAAUCCUAAGAGGUGACAUUUUAUGUUGUUUUUACCAAGUAUGUGGUCACGUGUUUGUGUCAGUAGUUUUCUGUGUCCGACCAAGUUUUUUCACGUCUUUGCUGAAUGUGCGCGAUGGCGGCAGUGGCCUUAAAUCAUCAAAAUAAAAACAAUUCUAUCGUCUUGACUAUUUGUAUAUAUAGCAAUGCGUCUGUUUAUUGUUUUUACAUUUAUUGGCAAAGAAAAAGCUAGGUAGCUAGUUGGUAACUUUUUGUCAUUCACGUCCGAUCCAAACUUCACAACCCAGAUGUGGUCUCAAUCAUAAGAAUAAAUACAUUAUAUCA